CCUGGGCAUUGCCUCCUUAAAUUCAACCCUCUACUAUGGAUACACACGGCAUUUCCUUCACAAGCCUAGGCUUGAUAAUCCUCGACGAGAUCCGCUUCCCAAACCAAGCCCCACUAAUCGAUAUCAUCGGUGGCUCUGGAGCAUACGCAACACUGGGCGCUCGAUUAUUCCUCCCCCAUCCACAUAGCCAGUGCAUAGGGUGGAUAAUCCACGUUGGAAAUGAUUUCCCAGAAUCAGUUAAAAACCGGCUAGAAAGCUGGGGUAUAUCGCUGGUUGUGGAAAGGGAGGCGGAUAAGCCGUCGAUGAGAGGGUUGUUGGAGUAUAAAGAUACGACGUUUGGACCGAAAGAUUUCAAGUAUACAACCCCCUUCCUCUCGGUCCGGGAAAGUAGUUUGGAGGGCACAAGACUCCUACACUCGAUGGUGUAUCAUUAUCUCGAGACACCUCAUAACAUCGCCCAACACGUCUCUACACUUUUUGACUUGAGGAAGAAAAAAGGCAUUUCAGAACAACCCCUGAUAAUCUGGGAACCUGCCCCUCCGUCAUGCAGAAAGGAGAACCUAGAAGCGUGUUUGGAUGCAGUGUUGUUUGUCGACGUGUUCUCUCCUAAUCAUAUUGAGCUGGCUGCUUUGUUUGGGGAGUCACCGUUAGCUAUUGGUGUCGUUGACAAGGGUAAGAUCGAAGAUAUGGCAGCGCGAGUCGUGAAUAGUGGUAUUGGGGCAGACGGGAAAGGUAUCGUUAUCGUUCGAGCCGGUGAGCAUGGUUGCCUUGUCUGUGGUCGCGACACUUUGCCUAUGUGGUUACCUCCAUUCUAUAAAGCAGUGUUAGGCGAAACUCAACACUUCAAAGUGGUUGAUCCGACUGGUGCGGGAAACGCUUUUCUGGGGGGAUAUGCCGUGGGCUAUCUCAAGACGGAGAGUAUUGUUGAAGCCGCUUAUUAUGGUUCUGUUGCGGCGUCGUUUGCGUUGGAGCAAGUUGGUAUGCCAGAGAAGAGCGGCAAAGGAGAUGGAGAGUUAUGGAAUGGGGUUAAUGUUUCUUCGAGAUUGGAUGAGUACAAGUCUAAGCUAAGCUAUGAAGGACAAAAGGGCGAAUCAUAAUUAUGAUACUGAAUAGGCC